GUCUGCGACAAUGGCGGCUACCGUGUGAGGUUUUCAAAGAAGGAGACGAUACUAGGUUUACAGGUUCGGAACACGCUCUUAUACUAUGUGAAAGAGGGUUUUGGGAAAAAUUGUAUAUUCCAAACACUUGUUAAUAAAUUAGUAAAGCUUAUUUAUAGGCAAAUUACAAAGGUUGACUACAGAUCUAAGAAGCUAAUUACAACAAUAAUUAGUUGUAACUAACAACACAGGAGAAGAGCAAUCCGUAACACUCUGAUGUUUCAGUUCACACUUCACAGAGACAACUGUUUGUUUUGUUCCAAAUGAAAUGAGUUGUAGGAUGCUUAGAAGUGCAGGUUCUCUUGCCAAUCUAAAUCAAAAGGGUUACAGAUUGUCCCUUCUCUUUCCUCUCCCUGUCCUCUUCUCGAUGUGGAUUCCUGCUUCAUGAUAAUCUGACCUUGUUUUGCAACCAUUAUGGUUCUUCUGCUGAUAAAUCUGUUAGAACACAAAACCCAUCAGGUACGCAUUUCAGGAGUCUUGAUGAUGCAUUGCUUUUCUUCGACGGCUUGGUCGAUGGGCUCCUUAGGAAUUCAACCGGAUUUGUGUACUUUGAAUAUCUUGAUCAAUUGCUUAUGCCAUCUGGGUUGGGUGGAUUUUGGUUUCUCAGUAUUGGGUAAUGCCCUGAAACGUGGUUAUGAACCAGAUGUUUUUACAUUGGGCACUUUGAUUAAGGGGCUCUGUUCAAAGAAUGAAAUUUGCGGGGCAAUUAAGUUUUUCUACAAAAUGGUGGAGUUAGGGUACCCAUGUGAUGAAGUCACUUAUAGAACAAUGAUUUAUGGGCUUUGCAAGAACAGAAAAGCUGUGAAGGCCCUUGGGUUGUUCAGAGAGGGAGUGCAGAAUGGUGGGUGUAAUCCAGACUUAAUCUUGUAUAGCAUGAUCAUCGACGGUCUCUGCAAAGAGGAGCUGGUAAAUGAGGCUAUGAACCUCUUCAUAGAACUGAAGAGCAGAGGCAUCUCACCUGAUGUUGUUACUUACAGCUCUGUGAUUAAUGGCCUCUGCAAUUUUGGGCGAUGGAAAGAAGCUGCUCGCAUUUUUUAUGAGAUGAUGAAUAAUGGAAUCAAACCUAAUACUAUAACCUACACCAUUAUGAUCGAUGGUCUUUGCGGAGAAGGGAGGUUUGUGGAAGCACAUAAACUGUUUGAUUUAAUGCUACAAAUAGGUGUGUUCCCUAAUAUCUUCACAUACACUAGCUUGAUUCAAGGCCUAUCCAAUUCAGGCCAAUGGCUGGAAGUCACCCGGUUGUUCAGUGAGAUGUUGGAAGGGGGAUUUUCACCAAAUAUUAUUGCCUUUAAAGCAGUGGUUGCUGCUCUUUGUAGAGAAGGGAAGGCCAAAGAAGCUCAUGGGCUCUUUUAUUUGAUGACUAAGAAAGGUGUGGAGCCCGAUUCAAUCACGUACAAUGUGUUGAUAGAUGGAUAUUGUAUACUGGGUCAAAUGGAUAAGGCAAUGGAGCUCUUUACUUUCAUGAUGAGUUGGGGAUAUAAGCCUGACACCAUUACCUAUAAUUCACUAAUUAACGGCUAUUGCAAGUGCAGGAGGAUGAGUGAAGCCUUCCAGCUCUUUAAAGAAAUGCCCCGUAAGGGAAUAAUGCUUAACACUAUUACUUGUAAUUCUCUUAUUCAAGGCUUUUUCCUUUCGGGCCAAGUUGGGUAUGCACAGAAGAUUUUCGAAGAAAUGAAAGUUCAGGGGCACAAGCCAGAUCAAUACACCUAUUCUAUAUUGAUGAAUGGGCUAUGCAAAACCAAGCGUAUUGAUGAGGCGCUUAAAUUUUUUAGUGAAACGGGAUCUAAAAACCUUGAUAUUAUUACUUACAGUGCUCUCCUUGAUGGAAUGUGGGAGGCGUGUAUGCCGAAAGAGGCCGAAGAAUUGUUCAACUCCAUCUCUUCUGAAGGUUUGGAGCCUAAUGCUAUAACAUAUAGCACAAUGAUCAAGGGAUUCUGCAAAGAAGGCUUGCUGAGCAAAGCUUGGGAUUUGUUCAUGAAAUUGGAAGAAAAGGGUUGUCCUCCAACUGAUGUGACUUAUAACAUCUUGGUUCAAGGAUUUCUCCAAAAUAAAGAGACCAACAAGGCAUUCGAGCUUCUGAAUGAAAUGUCUCAGAGAGGUUUCUUACCUGAUGCGAAGACUGCAUCUCUGAUAGUGAACUUGCUUGCAGAAGGGGGGCCUGAACGUGAAUGUUUUGAAAGGCUUAACAAAUUUACGCCAAUUAAAAACUGACAAGGUCAUAUUCAGAUGCUAGUUCAAUUUUAGCUUCCUUAAUAUAAUCUGAUGGAAUCGUAAUAUAUCUGAUGUAAUAGGAAUCGAGCAAAAUGCCAUAUACUCAGAAUGUAAUCAGGCUCUUCAGCUUUACCCAUAGGAGCAGAAACAAUUCACGAUGCAUUGUCUGAAUCCAGGAUCUGGUCCUUUUUUUGGGACUUCCAACUGGUUAUAGCUUCACUUAACAUGGCUGCUUCAUCCUUGGACUGAAUUGCUAUUUCCAUUGUUGAAGAUGUAUCUGUGCUAAAUCCUUUUAUUUUUUUCCCUUUCAUUUUUUUUUAUUUUUUAUUUUUUUUCGUGUAUGCUCCUUGAACUCGCAAUAGAGAGGCUCACUUUCUUGCCAUAAGAACUCCAAAGUUGUAAGUGUCCUGUGUUUGGUUCUUCCUUGUAAAUCCUUCUUUUCU